UGUAUCUCUUUUCAGGACCUGGUUUUGUAAGCAUCCAUAAUAUUAAUAGAUUAUGUCUCAGCUGGAAGCCAAGCAUUGUCUUUCUUGGCAUUUCUAGACGGCCUAAUUGUUUACUCUUAGGUAAUUGAAACUCCUUCACAUUGGCAGGUUGGAUAGGGUCCAUGGUGUUUGGCCAGCAAACUGAGUUUUUCAAAAAGUAAAAUGCAUAUUCAACGUAAUUUACCUACUUUGCUCUGGGAUUCCUCAAACCCAUCGAUGGUCUCUUGUAAAAAUCAUCCAAGAUGAUACUGAGUAUUGGUUCUUUGGCUCAAGUUGAUAGUCUAUUCCUCAAUCUGAUCGAAUUUGGACAGUUGAUAUGGCAACUUGUGGGGUAUGAAUGCUUUGGAAGGCUGAUAAUGAAUUGUCUUUUUCUUGUUUGUAAAGAAUAGGCUGGAAUAAGAUAUUUCGCAGGAUGUUUCAAAGGCGCGUGCAUAGACGCUAAAUGGUGGUUCUUCACUUGAAUAACAUAGUAGUACAAUUUUGGAGAGCUUUUCUCACUUCUUCCUAAUCCUCACAUGAUAUUGAAAGUUAAACCAGGUAAAUCCAUCUGCCUAGAAAUAUUUGGCGGCAAAUGCAUUGAGAGUGAUGAUGUAGAUGAAGCAAAGUGCAAGGGUUUGGGAAAAUACAGGACAUAUGCUGGUGGGACUGCAAGCUGGUCAAGGAACUUGUACGUUUUACUUUCUUAACUCAAGAUAUUGAAGGGAUUGCUUGCUUUUGAAACUGGAGAAUUCUUUAUUGUGUAUUUUCUACGCGACUAAUUUAAGGCAUAAUUAUAGAAACCAAGUGCCUAUUAGUCUUAACCUUUUCAUUCACGCAUGCUACUGCAUUUUAUAACAUAUCUGUACUCAGUUAGAGAUGUUGUAACACAUCAUACAUGCUUAGACCUGAAUAGAGCUGCUGGUCAGUCUAAUUGACACGUUUUGCAUUUUGGUGAAAUGAUUCGUGUAAGUCCCCUUAGUGUUCCAAACUAUAUUUUAAAACAAAAUUAUUCCUGUGAUAGUAAGCUUUAGCACAUUUGGGAAUUGUAAAUCUGAACUUGUUUGCUUCAAUAUUUUGAUUGUAAGACCACAAUACGAGUACAACCUCAUACAUGUCUUGUUUCCUAGAGAAGCCCCCAAAAUAAGAAAUAACAUUCCAGCAUUCCAAUUUUUAUCUUUUGUCAUGGCCUACAAAAGAUUGCCUUAAAUAGUUGCAAGAUAUUUAAGUUGCACUUGCUAAGAGGUCCUGGGACAAGUUUUCAUAUAGGAAAUGAUCCUUCAUAGUCAUCUGCAGACCAAAUAAAGAUACCAUGAAGUUUUCCUUGACUCCUUAGUAUGGUGCAUGCAUCAAAGAAUCCAUGUUCAGGAGACAAGCCACCACUGUUGUCAGUUCCAAAGCUAACUAGAAUGUUGCCUCCUUUAUAGUUAUACAUCUGAGUUUCAAAGUACUGGAGGAACUGAGGAAUGGUUGUGCCCUUCCUGUGGGCGUAAAAUUGGAAGUUGACAUAGUCUAUUAGAUGACCAUACUUUCUCCAGAGUGCUAAAUAAUGCACCUGCACUGAAUCAUCUGCAUAUGGUGCUAUUGAUGUGUAAGAGAUGACAUUGUUUUGUUUAAGGAAGUACAACAGUCGCCCGAUGCAUUCUGCAAAUGUAUCUGGAUCUGCAUUGAAGUGUUCAUAAUCUAUAUCUAUUGCAUCCAGGUUAUACUCUUUCACUAUCUUGGUGAUUGAAUAUAUUGCAUUUCUCUCCCAAGAUGUAAUUGGUGUAGGAGCGAAGGUGGCAUUUUUACCAUUCACUGUAAUUGGGACAGAGGGAGUAAUAUCUCAAAGUUCCAGCAUUCUUCCAUUAUGCAAUUUAUGGCUGGAUUAGUGAUCCUUCAUCAUGAUGCUGUUCAUCUGCCCCGUUGGCUUUCUGAGUUUAUUAAAAUUUUAAUUCUCAGUAUAGUGGAAAUUCUUUUGCCUAAUUUUUAUAUGAAGAAUUAACAUAAAUAGCCGCCUACCCAAUUACUUAAACUAACACAAGCCAGUGGGUGUAUUAUAUAUUUAUAAUCCCGUAUAAUCAAUGUACGAUAUACAUAUACCAGUUAGGAAAAGUAAACAUUGAAUCCGCCUGGCUAUUUGUGUAAACUUCCCUUUUAUAUUCCCCUGAUGAUUAUUUUAGUUUGAGUUUUCACUGCCCCUUUCAUCACUGAGAGGUUUGUGAUUUGCUGAUCAUGGAGAGUGGAGAACCGAUAGGCUUGAAGCAUUUUAAGCCAAUUGAACCACUGGGAUCGGGCGAUACUGGCAGUGUGCAUUUGGUGGAGCUUUGCGGAACUGACCAGCAUUUUGCUAUGAAGGCAAUGGAUAAGAGUAUAAUGCUUAACCGAAACAAGGUGCAUAGAGCUUGUGCAGAACGAGAAAUCCUAGAAAUGUUGGACCACCCUUUUCUUCCUGCACUUUAUGCAUCUUUUCAGACCAAAACCCAUAUCUGUCUAAUAACUGAUUACUACCCUGGUGGAGAGCUGUUCAUGCUUCUAGAUAGACAACAAACAAAGGUGUUGAAGGAAGAUGCUGCAAGGUUCUAUGCCGCUGAAGUAGUGGUAGCCUUGGAGUACCUUCACUGUCAAGGUAUAAUUUAUAGGGAUUUGAAGCCGGAAAACGUCUUGCUACAGAGGGGUGGACAUGUAUCUUUGACGGAUUUUGAUCUUUCCUGUUUGACAUCCUAACUUUUGUCAACUUUUAGUUCCAGAAGUCAACGAAAAGAAGAAGCAUCAAAAAGGCCAACAGAAUCCGAUCUUCAUGGCUGAACCUAUGCGUGCAUCAAAUUCUUUUGUCGGAACUGAAGAAUACAUAGCUCCGGAGAUCAUAACUGGAGCAGGGCACACUAGUGCAGUGGAUUGGUGGGUUCUUGGCAUUCUUUUGUUUGAAAUGUUGUAUGGUUAUACACCAUUCAGGGGAAAGACUAGGCAAAAGACAUUCUCAAAUAUACUACAUAAGGAUUUAAAAUUCCCAGGAAGCAUACAGGUACAAAUACUCAUUUCGGGGAUCCGCUAGCUUAGGAUUUCCAUCCAGCUAUUUUGAAAGUGCUCCAUUGUUCCAGAGCAUUGACGUUUGAUAUCGACCUUUUGAUGUAUAUAUUUGUUUAUUCAGGGGUACGACGGGGCCUUGUCCCGUCAUAUGUUAUUAUUGAUAUUCUUAGAGGUCUGUAGGCAUAUAUGUGUGGGUUGUAUAUAGAUGUUAUCCAGUUGUACUAGUAUAACUAAUGUUUUGAAACGUCCCCAUUCAUAGUGUCAGCCUUGCCGGCUUGCGUAUAUACAUGUAUAUUUGGAAUGUGAUGUGUAGUGGCAGCCUUGUCGGCUUGCGUAUCUGUAUAUGAUAUAUAGCGGGACAUUCCUACAUGUAAUGAAAGCCUUGUUGGUUUA